AUGUCCGAACCCAAUCCCUGUACUGGCCAUGGUUUAUAUCUUUCUGGAAUCUUUGAGGUCGAAGAGCAGUUAAGUGAAGAUCAACGCUACAAGGUUGAGUUUCGCAGCUAUUCAACCUCAAUUGGUUGCGCGGGGGCGAAUCGCGACAAAGACUUGCACUAUGAGAUCCGUGCUACUGGUUUCAGUACCGAAGCGCUCAAGCUUCAACCAAACCAUUUGUAUUUUUUGCGCGGAGCUUUCUUCCCCACCAAUACCGAGGACACCUACGAUGAUAAUUUGUUUUUUGAAGGCUCUGAUCGACUUUGUCUGGGAAGUCUAGACGAUUUCUCUGAAAGCUUGGUGGACAAAGUGGGUGUUAGCGGUAUUGGCCGAGUUCUUGAGACUAAAUUUGUAGUUGAGGAUUGCAUGCAAUACCUCAAAUCAAAGGUCACUGACUCCGACAAAAGCAGUUUGUACGCCAUUGUCCAACACUGUGAUUUCCAUCCCGAGACUAAGCUUGCCAAAGAAAUCACGGUUGAGUACCGCAUCCCGCCCUUUAAACACCUUUCUGGUUCGCCUCAAGUCGUUAAGGAAGGUCGUGAAUGUCAAUUCCACGGCUACAUCAAAGAUUUCAAUGAAGGAACCAACCGUUACGUUGUGAUUGUCAAUAAGGUAGCCCCAACGUCCGGCCAUGUAGAGUUAGCCCCGCGUGGCAGAGGUAACAAGGCCGCGGCGUCGAAUGACUCCAACGGCAGACCCAAGAUAUCGCCAGUCACUGUGACCGACUCGAGCCCAGACAUCCCAUUUGGGGGCUCAAUCCAAUCAGGAUCAUCUGUUGCUUCUGGUUCAGGGCAAUCUACUGGAAGCAUCGUGCCUGCACGCUGCGCUGCUCAACCAAGCAAGAAGCGUGCUCGCGCACAACCCAAGCGCAAAGCUGCCAAGGAACCCGAAUGGGCUGAGGAGUCUUGA